AUGGCGUCCGCCAAUUCCCUGACGGCCUCGGUGCAGGCCUUGACCCUGCAGUCCACCACCCAGACCUCCAAGUUCGCUGGCUGCUUCCCGUCGCUGAACCCCAUGGACAUCUAUCGCGAGCACAUUGCGGAGCAAUUGGGCAAGGCCGCCGAUAUCGACCCCGAGCUGAUCUUCUCCCGCCUGGCUUGGACCAACACUUUGGACAAGGGUGAUCUUUCAUUGCCGGUCGCCGCCCUUCGUAUCAAGAAGAAGCCCGACGAGCUCGCCGCGGAGCUGGCCUCCAAAUUUCCCGAGUCAGACCUCAUUCAUCCUCCCACCGCUUUCGGCCCUCACAUUCAAUUCUUCUGCAAGCCUGGCCCCUUGGCCAAGACGGUUCUUGGCCGCGUCCUGACCGAGAAGGCCGCCUAUGGCACCAACGGUAACAUGGGUCUUAAGGACCCCUCCGACCCUUCCAAGGGCAAAAAGAAGAUCAUUAUUGAGUUCUCCUCGCCCAACAUCGCCAAGCCCUUCCACGCCGGUCACUUGCGCUCCACGAUCAUCGGUGGUUUCUUGGCCAACCUAUUCACGGUGAUGGGCUGGGACGUCAUCAAGAUGAACUACCUCGGUGAUUGGGGCAAGCAGUAUGGUCUGUUGGCCAAUGGUUUCAAGUACUUUGGAGAUGAGGAGGCGCUCACCAAGGACCCCAUCAACCAUCUGUUUGAUGUCUACGUCAAGGUCAACCGUAUUGUCGGUGAGCAGGAGGGGCCCAUCAAGGAGCUGAAGGAGCAAAUUAAGGCGAAGAAGGAGAAGGGCGAGGACGUUGCUACUGAGGAGGCGGAGCUUGCCAAGCUGGUGGACGCUAGUGAGGACGAGAAGGCUCGCCGCUACUUCAAGAGCAUGGAAGACGGAAAUCCCGAUGCGCUCGCCCUGUGGGCCCGCUUCCGUGAUCUCAGCAUUGCCAAGUAUAAGCAGACCUAUGCUCGCCUGAACAUUGACUUUGAUGUCUACUCGGGUGAGUCUCAGGUCAAGGCCGAGAGCAUGGCCAACGCCUUCAAGGCCAUGGAGAAGGCCGGUGUGACCGAGGAGUCCGAGGGUGCUGUCAUUGCCGACUUCACGAAGCACGGUGCGAAGAAGUUGGGCAAGGCCAUUAUCAUCCGCAAGGACGGUACUCCCUUGUACUUGACCCGUGACAUCGGUGCCAUCUUGGAGCGUGACGAGAAGUACCACUUCGACAAGAUGAUUUACGUCGUCGCUGCGCAGCAGGAUCUUCACUUGGCGCAGCUAUUCAAGGUUACCGAGCUGAUGGGACACAAGGAUCUGGCUAGUCGCUGCCAGCAUAUCAACUUUGGUAUGGUCCACGGCAUGAGCACCCGUAAGGGUACCGUCAAAUUCUUGGACGACAUCCUGCGCGAUGUGGGUGACAAGAUGCACGAGGUGAUGAAGAAGAACGAGACCAAGUACUCACAGGUUGAGAAUCCCGAGGAGACUGCCGACACUCUCGGUAUCACCUCGGUCAUGGUCCAGGAUAUGACUGGCAAGCGUAUUAACGGAUACGACUUCAACCUGGACGCCAUGACUUCAUUUGAGGGUGACACCGGUCCUUACCUGCAAUAUGCUCACGCUCGUCUGUGCUCCAUGGCUCGCAAGUCCGAGCUGAACAUCGAUGAGCUGAGCAGUGCCGACUUCUCCCUCCUCACUGAGCGCCACGCUGUUGAUUUGAUCCGUCUUCUUGCCUCAUGGCCCGACGUGCUCAUCAACACGGCCAAGACUUUGGAGCCUGUGACCGUGCUGAGCUAUCUCUUCCGCAUGACACACAUGCUGAGCUCCAGCUACGACGUGUUGAAGGUGAUUGGAAGCGAGCCCGAGUUGAAGAAGUCUCGCAUGGCUCUAUAUGCGGCUGCUCGCCAGGUCCUGCACAACGGUAUGCGGGUACUAGGCUUGAACCCCGUGGAACGACCUACCUACCGACCUGUCGACAUCACGACACCAGGAGAGACAACAACACGCCCUCGGAAUAUCAACCCGACUGGAUUUUGCAUCAUGACGAGGAUGGAAGAACCACCGUCCUCCGCGAGCGGGAGCCAGGCUCCGCCGAGCCCAACCCUCGACGUGGAGUGGAAUGGAGACAGUCGCUUUUUGAUGAACCAUUCCGUCAAGAACUUCUCCUGGAGUGGUCUCACCGUCACUGUCAAGGACCGGCAGACGAAGAAAGCGAGGGAUUUGAUCAACGACAUUACCGGUGACGUCCAACAAGGAGAAAUUGUUGCCCUAAUGGGACCUUCGGGCUGCGGCAAAACCACGCUGCUCAAUGUGUUGGCUCGACGACCCGCCGCGUCCGGGGCCAAAGUGAUGGGAGACACAUUUGUCAACGGCACUCAUGUGGACACGGGAGCCUUUGGUCGCAUGACCUCGUAUGUCGAACAGGAAGAUGCACUGAUCGGAUCGUUGACGGUCCGCGAAACAUUGAAAUUCGCAGCCGACCUGUCGUUGCCAAGCUCGGUGACCAAGCGUCAACGUAUGGAACGCAUUCAGACCCUCCUGGAGUCGUUUGGAAUCCAAAGCCAGGAAAACACUCUGGUGGGGACGCCUAUUCGCAAGGGUAUCAGUGGAGGCCAGAAGCGACGGGUCAGCGUGGCCAGCCAGCUCAUCACCUGUCCCAAGAUCUUGUUCUUGGAUGAGCCCACCAGUGGACUGGACUCGACCGCCAGCUACGAGGUCAUGUCGUACGCCAAAAAGCUUGCCCGGGAAAACAACUUGAUCAUCAUCGCCAGUAUCCAUCAACCCUCAACCACCACCUUCCAGCUCUUCGACAAACUCCUUCUCUUGUCCGCCGGGAGAACAUGCUACUUUGGCCCCAUCAACCACGAAGUGGAAAAUUAUUUCGCACGAAUCGGGCAUCCCAUCCCCACGCACACCAAUCCCGCCGAGUUUCUUCUCGACAUUGUCAGUUCAGACUUUGGUGGUGCCAAGGAAGAGGCCCGCGAGCGUGUUCAUCGCAUUCAGAGCGAGUGGACUACUUCUGCUGAAGCGCAAAACACGAUGAGACAGGUCUCUUCGCGGAGUCAAGUAUCCGAGAAAAACGCCAAUGUCCUCACUCCCGAGGACAUGGCUCGUCCAAAUGCCGUCAAGAUCACACAGGCUUUACUCCAUCGUCUCUGGAUCAAGAGUUAUCGUGAUGUGGUGGCUUAUGGAAUCCGAAUUGCCAUGUAUCUUGGUCUUGCUAUCAUGAUGGGCACAGUAUGGCUGCGUCUUCAUCCAACCCAGGAUUAUAUUCAACCGUUUGUCAAUGCAAUUUUCUUUGGAUCAGCAUUCAUGUCCUUCAUGGCCGUCGCCUACGUCCCUGCAUUUCUCGAAGACCGCGCAACGUUUGUCAAGGAGCGAGCCAACGGUCUCUAUGGUCCUACUCCAUUUGUUAUUGCCAACUUUCUCAUCGGUCUUCCUUAUCUAUUCCUCAUUUCCAUCCUCUUCUCCGUCGUCUCCUACUGGCUCUCCAACUUCCGCCCUAGUGGCUCGGCCUUCAUGACCUGGGUGAUGUGGAUCUUCUUGGACCUCGUCGCCGCUGAGAGUCUGGUGGUAUUCUUCACGUCCAUCUUCCCGAAUUUCGUCAUUGCCCUCGCCCUAGUGGCCUUUGCCAACGGACUCUGGAUGAGUGUUGGCGGAUUCCUCGUCGCCCCCACCAUCCUCAAUCCAUUCUGGAAAUACGUCUUCCACUACAUUGAUUACCAGGCCUAUGUCUUCCAAGGAAUGAUGGUCAACGAAUUCUCCAAACGAAAUUACUCUUGCGGAACAGGCUGUCGCUGCAUGUACGAUUCAGAUCUGGCAGAUCAGUGUAUGAUUCGGGGAACCGCCGUGCUGUCCCAAUACGGGUACGCCACGGGGCGAACCGGCAAGUGGGUUGGCAUCUUGAUCGGCAUCGUUGCCGUUUAUCGACUAUUUGGAUGGAUCGCGCUUACUGUGCGUCGAACUUGA